GUGUUUCUUCCUCUGGCUCGAUCGCCGACGGAUGCAGACCCGACGCCCCGCUGCGACAUCGGCCUCCCACACUCGCAUCAUCAGCAACGGCAUCCUGCACCAGCGCCGCACAACAGCGCCCCUGAUCCCAGAGUAGCCGCCGCCAGCCACACCCCACAGUCCCAAACCGUAAGCCUCCGUCCUCUUACUCCAGCCCGAGCUCGGUACCACAUCUCCGAUCGCCAUGUCAACAAUCGUCGUCCCCUCGCAAACGCUCUACGUCACAAACAUCAACGGCAAAAUCAAGAAGCCAGAGCUCAAGAGAUCACUCUAUGCGUUGUUUUCGCCGUACGGUCGUGUCCUCGAUGUUGUCGCCGUCCGCAACGCCAAAAUGCGGGAGCAGGCCUUUGUGGUCUUCAAGGAGGUCGCCCAGGCCACAGCGGCGAUCCGUGGAUUACAGGGCUUUCCUUUCUACGACCAACCGAUCAAAAUCACAUAUUCCCGGACCAAGUCCAAUAUCCUGACGAUUAUGGAAGGAAGCAUGAUCAAGCGAAGCAAGCUUGGGCCGGCCGUGUCCUCAGUCAAGGCCGCUGGUCCAGCACCACAUCCUACCGGCGCGCAGGGAAUCAAGCGCGAGAGAGACGGCGCAGACGACGAUCACGAGCCUGUCAACCAGAGCCAGCAGAAGAGAGUCAGAGACGCAGACGACCCUCAGGACCAAAAACAGGCUGCCCCCGACGUUCCACCCCAUCGCGUUCUGAUUCUCCACAAUCUGCCGCCGGAAGUGACCGAGGCUGCCCUCGAGACGCUGUUCAAGCAGUACCCGGGUCUGAUCGACGUACGGCUGGUGCCGGGCAAAUCUGGUCUGGCCUUUGUCGAGUACGAGCAGGACAGCCAAGGCGCCGUUGCCCGAACAGGCCUGAACGGCUUCAAGCUUACCCAAAACUACAGCUUGGUAGUAGAAUAUGCCAAAAAGUAGAAAAAGUAGACCUCAGCGCACCCCGUCCCUCCCUGCACAUGCCGCUGCCCCACUGGCGGCGUCGCUGCUGUUGCGCAGGUCCGCGAGCAAAUACAGCUUUGGUUUCACCCCCGUCAUACAAGUAAAAGCCCAUCUCAGGGACCGAUGGCAUCGGGAC